AUGACCCUCAAAUACCUCAUUACAGGAGCGACCGGAGGCCUCGGUGCCGGAGUCCUAUCCUACCUUGUUGCGAAUGUCCCGGCGUCAGAGUAUGCUGUAGCAUCCUCGAAAGAGGAAAAUCGCAAGCAAUUCGAAGACCGAGGGAUCGCAUUCCGAGUAGCGAGUUACGACGACCCUCAGACAUUGGAGGCCGCAUUCGAAGACGUGGAGAACCUCUUCUUCGUUAGCACCAACACCUUCGACAUCGAAAAGCGGCGGAAGCAACACGAAAACUUUGUAGAGGCAGCGAAGAAGAUGAACGUAUGGUAUACAUCUCUCGCAUUCGGCGGAUACAAUUCCGACUCCAAGGCGGCUGUCCAACAAAGCCAUCUGAUGACAGAGGAAAUGAUGAGACAGGCCGGUAUCAAUUUCACAUCCAUCCGUGAGGGUCUGUACACAGACGCCUUCCCGGUCUUCACUGGCUGGUAUCCAAGCACAUCGACCGUCUACCUCCCCUCUGAUGGGCCGAUCGCGUUUACACUGCGGUCGGAGCUAGGCGAGGCCAACGCGCGACUGAUGAUUCGGGGUGGACAUGAUCGAGAGAUCGUGCUGCUCACUGCACAGCAGACUAUCACAUUCUCUGAGAUCGUGGAUCUAAUCAACGAGACGACCGACCGACAUGUUCAGUUCAAGCUUGUCUCGCCGGAGGAGUUUGUGCGGUUGAAAACGGCCGACGACGAGGGCGGGAAGCCGGAAGGGUUCUUCCAGGCGCUGUUGUCGUGGUACGAGAGUAUUUCAAAGGGGGAGACCUGCACGAUUGAUCCGCUCAUGGCGGAGGUGCUGGACCGUCAACCCGUGCCGCCGCGUGAGGCUAUUCGGGCUUUCUUGACCGAGAAUCGAGACUAUGAAUGGCAUCAAAACUAUGUUAAUCGCGGUUAG